AUGUCUUUGGUAAAAGUCAGAGGAGGCUACAAAAGCACACUCACAUCGAUCACAAAUUUCUUGGAAAGUUUGGAGGAGAGUCCUCAGGCUCUUUCUCAGCCAGACCUUCGUGCGGAACUGGAAUCCAAGCUGGUUAUUAUCGAGAAGCUUCAGCCAAAAUACCGAGAUGUUCAAAGAGCCAUAAUUGCUGAGAAGACAACGCAAGAAGAUAAAGCGCAAGAAGAAGAAGAUUUUGUGAACUUCUGUCAAGAUUGUGACGAUAUCGAGGCCCGUCUUGUAAAGCUAAUUACGGAUUUGAAGCUGAAGCAAGAAAAGAUUGAUGCAGCAACUGUAAGAUACAGUCCGACGAAGAUGUUUGAGCUCAUGCGAGAGGACAGGAAGUCUCAAGAACAAGUUCUUGAGCGACUGAUGAGGGAACAACAAAACACUCUGAAGACAAUUGUUGGAGAAUUUGCCAACAUAGUGUCAGAACAGGCUGUGAGUUCCACUCCAUCUACUCCACAAACGCCUCCACAGGGUUCAGUUCCUGCGGUAAAGUUGGAAGCAAUUACAGUUCCAACAUUCGACGGGAAGUACACCAAGUGGACAGAUUUCAAGAGUCUUUUCAUCAGCAUUGUUCAUGAGAAUCCGAAUUUGCCAGAUUCUCAAAAGUUCCAUUAUUUGAGAAAAGCUCUCGUGGGUGAUGCAACGCAAUCCAUCGAGCACAUCGAUGUACGAGGAGAGAAUUACACUGAAGCUUGGGAAGCAGUACAGGAGAGAUUUAACAACAAGAUGAACAUCGUCUCAAGCUACCUGGAUGCCUUCCACAAGCAACCAUCGGUUACUACGCCAUCUUGGGAGAAGCUCCGUAAGUUGCAUGACACUUCCAAAUGCAUCCUCAAAUCUUUGAAGUCCAUUGGGGUAUGUAUAACUGGGUGGGAUCCUUGGAUCAUCUUUAUACUCACUCAAAAGCUUGAUCAUGAGACUCAAUCCGAGUGGGCAAAAAUAAAUACGGAUCCCUCAGAGCUUCCCACUUGGGAAAGAUUUGACAAGUUUCUUUCUGGGAGAUGUCGAGCAUUGGAAAUGUGUCCAUCGAUCAACACCACUUCUAACGUAAAGAAAAAUUCCAAGAAUGUUGUAACCAAUAGCAAAAGUUCUCUCGCUCACAUGGCUGCCGUUGAUAGCACAAAAGAAUUGUGCACCGUUUGCUCAAAGUCGAGUCAUAAGUUGUACAAAUGUGAGACUUUUAAGUCGCUUCCAGCGGUAAAAAGGCUCUCAAUUGUACGUAACUUGAACAUUUGCGUGAAUUGUAUCGCGGAUAAACACAAUCUCGAUCAAUGUAAAUAUCCAUCGUGCAGACAUUGCAAAGAGAAGCAUAAUUUCUGGCUUCACGACGCGUACGAAGGGGGUGUGGAAAAGUCUACCGCUCAUAAUCUUCAGGUUCAGGAAACCACUCAGGCGGCUCCUUCUCAAUCUGUUUCGCGAGAAAAAGAGUCUACUGUUGAUGGUAAAAAUUCCAUUGUGAAUGCUGGAGUGGGGGUGACAGCCCAACUCAAGGGAAGGCGCGUGAUGAUAAAAACUGCUCGAAUUUUAGUCUAUGACGUCCACAACCAACCGCAUGUUUGCAGGGCAUUUGUAGAUGAGGGUGCGCAGGGUGAUUUUAUCUCGGAAAGGUUAUGCGGGAUCUUGGGUCUGAAGAAGUAUCCGAUCAAUGAAGUUGUCAAUGGUUUGGAAUACCAACAGUCAAGUCCGCGUUUUGCCGUUGAGGCCAAAAUUGCGUCACGUCUCACUAUGAAUCCACAUAAAUUGUGGUGUCGCGUUGUCGGUAGAGUGUCAGUUGAUCUUCCUAACUGGCCAAUCCAAGAAAAGGAUCUUUCUAUUCCAAAGGGCUUUGAUCUCGCAGAUCCUCUAUGGUUCAAGACGGAAAGAAUUGAUAUCCUUAUUGGGGGUUUCCUAUUGAAUGAAAUUCUUUACGACAAAACGCACAAAUUGGGUGAGGGAUUGCCAUGCUUGAAGAGCAGUGAAUUUGGUUGGAUGUUGUUUGGCGGUUGGAAUGUUGAAACCCCUCAGAACAUUGCUUGUGGUGUUACCACGUUCGCGAGAAUUGAAAAGACUUUCAAAGAUUUUUUCGAAUCUGAAGAAGUAGGGUCAGAUCAAACUGAAAAAUCGCUUACUGAAGAACAGGAAGAAGUCGAGAAGUUGUUUGUAGACACUACCAUUCGUACAAAUGAAGGUCAAUUUGAGGUACACAUUCCACUAAAAGAUGAAUACAAGAACUUGGAGAAUAACCGCGAUAAGGCUUUACAAAUGCUUAAGAGAGCAGAUAGACAAUUGGAUAAAGAUCCAGAGCUCAAAGUGGAGGUUCAGAAUAUUUUCCAAGAAUAUAAAGAUGAAGGAAUUAUUGAGCCAGUCCCUGAUGUUGAUUUGGACAAGCCGUCUUAUUAUGCUCCAUAUCAUUUUGUAGUCAAGAGAAAAGCGGCCUCGACUAAGGUACGUCCGGUUUUUAACUUCAGUUCGAAAUCAGCGUCUGGCAUGAGCCUUAAUGAUGUCAUAAAAGUUGGACCAGUCGUCCAACCCGAUUUGCUCUCCAGUCUUUGGGGGCUCCGUCGCUACGCAAAAGCUGCUGUUUGUGACUUUGUGAAGAUGUUUCUUCAUGUACUAGUAACGCCAGCCCAUCGCGAUUUCCAAAGAUUUUUGUUGCGCGAUGUCCCGAACGGUCCGAUAAAAGAUUACAGAUUUCGCACUUUGUGCUUCGGAAAUUCCGCUUCACCACAUUUGGCUACGCGUUCAACGAUACAACUGGCAAAUGAUGUCGGAGAAAAGUAUCCGAAAGCAGCUAACGUGAUUAAGUUCCAUACUUAUAUGGACGAUUGUCUGUUUUGCGCCCAGACCAUUUCAGAACUUCUUGAGAUACAAUCUCAAUUGAUUGAGAUGUGUGCUACAGCUAAGUUCAAACUUUCAAAGUGGCAUUCUAAUGCCACAGAAAUCCUUCAAGCAGUUAAUGCUUGUUCUGAUGAUUCACAACCGGUUAGUUUGUCAGAUAUUGAAAUCCCAAGAUGGGCAGCGAGUAUUCAAUUUGCGGUUCAAGAACAAUUGCAUGUGUUCUGCGAUGCCAGUAAACUGGCAUACGGUGUCGUGAUUUAUCUGGUAGUUCAGGAUUCUCACGGAAACCAGAGCGCGAAAAUGUUAACCGCAAAGAGUAAAGUUUCACCAAUUAAAGAGAAAACUAUACCUAAGCUUGAGCUAUGUGCAGCACAUUUGGGUGCACGCCUUUUGCGACGUGUUCAAGAUUCACUGAAGAUCGAUUCCAAUCAAUGUUUUUGUUGGACUGAUGCUAAAGUAGUUUUGGGUCAGAUUUUUUCUAAUCGAAGCCAAGAAGUUUUUGUUCGUAAUCGCGUAAAGGCCAUUCAUGAGAUCUCCGUUCCCAUUCAAUGGAGAUACGUGCCAACACAGGAUAAUCCUGCGGAUAUUUUGUCGAGGGGUUCGACUCCUGAGAGAUUGGCAUCAUCGUCCCUUUGGUGGAAUGGGCCUGAAUGGUUGGUGCGGGGGGAAGAUUCCUGGCCAGAGCCAUAUCAACAAGGUGGACAAGAAGAUCCAGUGAUACUUUCUGUUGCUGUACAACGACCUGCUGAUAAUAUGACCAAGGAACAUGAGUUCCACGAACAUAUUCUCGCAACUGCAUCGAAUUGGACAAAUGCCAAAAAGCUGGCAGCUCUGAUUAUGCGACAUGAUUUCAAGGAGAAAUUUGACGAAGACAAAGCCAUUGCUGCUGAAUUUUCAUUUGAGGAACUUCUGACCGCGGAAAAUUGUCUCAUCAAAUGGGAUCAGCAGAUCAAUCUGCACGAAAUUUAUGAUGGACUUAAAAGAUCUAAUUUCAAGGGAAAGAAGGGACCUCAUAUUUGCCGACAGUUAAGACCUUUCCUGGAUGAUAAGGAAGUUAUGAGGGUGGGGGGUCGUAUACAAGAAUCCGAAGAGGACUAUGAUGCCAUUCAUCCGCGUAUUAUUCCAAAAGGGAAGCUCGCUGAAAUGAUUGCUAAGCAUGAGCACAUCGCUUUGCUACAUGCUGGCCCAAGUGCAUUAAUUUGCUCUCUAAGACGUAAAUUUUGGCCUCUUGGAGGUAGAUACUUGGUGAGAAAAAUCACUCACUAUUGUAACGUUUGUUACCCGUUCAAAGUCAAGCUCGAAAACCAAGUCAUGGGAAAUUUGCCCCGACCAAGAGUUACAUUGGCACGAGCAUUCCGUUCAGUGGGAAUUGAUUUUGCAGGCCCGUUCAAUAUUAGAGUAGAUUUAUCCUCCCGAACAAGGACUCAAAAAGUAUACGUGUGUGUGUUCGUUUGCAUGGGCGUUAAAGCUGUUCACUUAGAAGUAGUGAGUUCUAUGACGACAGAAGCAUUCAUUGCUGCUUUUCGCCGAUUUGUGAGUCGCAGAAAUGUCCCAGCUGAAGUCUACACCGACAAUGGUAGAAAUUUUGUAGGCGCAGCCCGCGAGUUUCAACGUUUGCUAUCUCAAGCUAUAUCUCAAAGAGAAGUACGAGAUUCAACCGUAAAUCUUGGCGUUCAAUGGCAUUUCCAACCUCCAUCAGCUCCACACCACGGAGGCUUAUAUGAAGCCGCUGUAAAAUCCAUGAAAUACCAUUUGAAACGGGUAAUGGGAGAUGUGAUCCUUAAUUUUGAAGAGUUUCUGACUGUGAUUAAUCAAAUCGAGGGUACAUUAAAUUCAAGACCACUCACACACUUGUCUGAGGAUCCUUCAGAUCCACUGCCAUUGACCCCUGGGCAUUUUUUGACUUUAGCUCCGCUAAACCAAUUGCCUGAUCCUGAUGUGACUGAACUUCGUUCCAAUACCCUGAGCAGAUGGCAACUUUGCCAAAAACUGUAUCAGCAUUUUACUAAGCGCUGGCAAAAUGAAUAUCUACAGACUUUGCAACAGCGGGGGAAGUGGACGGAAGUUAAGAAAGAUUUAUCCGUUGGAGAUGAUGUCUUGUUGAUUGAAGAAGGAUUAGUCGAUCCGAAGUGGUUCAAGGGACAAAUAUCGAAGAUAUAUCGUGGUCCUGAUGGUCACGUUCGAACGGUAGAUAUUUCCACAGAGAAGGGCACAUUUACCCGCCCAAUUACAAAGAUUGCUAAAUAUCCAACAGAGAAAAUCUGGGGAUCGAAGACCCCAAACUCCCCCCGGGAAUAA